AGUUUCAAAUAUGUCUUCCCAGGCUUUCCUUCCUUCUACGCGUCAAUUCCCGACACCCGUGACCUAUGCUCAGUCCAUGUUCGAGCAUACGGUGCAGCAGAUGACAGCUAAAUCUAUCCCCUACGCUAGCCCGGGCAACAUCACCGAAACUCGGUUUCGACGCAAGCUCCCUUUGACAGUGAGCUCGGAGCUACGGGAGGCACAGCUAUCGCUCAUUCGCCACCCACAGCAGCGCAUGCAACAUCAGGUCCUGCCUGCAACGAGACAAUCGGCGAGUCUUGCUCCUCAGGCUCAUUCGUACUCGACUGCGAAUUCACCCACCAGAGAGGGCAUCCAACGCAAAGAUGAGCCCCGUCGCCUGUAAUGAGCACAACAGAAGUCAAUUGAAAUGGCACCUGCAUCUCCACUAGGUUGGAUGAAGCUGCCAUGUAGGGAACCAGGGUCGGCGUUUCGAGCUUGAGGCUAAUGUCGAGGAGAGGGGUUCGGCACUUAUCAGUAUACGCAGUUCAAGUACUGGAUGCAUUUCGAUUGUACAGACUGACGAGCCUUUGCUCGGAGAAACAUACUGCAUAUGAACCCGAUUGCACACAAUGGAUGGUUACCAGAUGAAUCCUAGUCGAUAAUUGUAGCAAGCUGAGGCGGACCCUGUGUGUACUGUUGUCAUAGGCUCACCAAGUUAUGAGCUUAAACUCCUCCUACGGUUGCUUCGGAACCAGGAAAAGCUGCCUGCAUACUACCUAGUAACUCAACCAAUAUUGACAAGGCCUAU